AUGACGAGUUCUGCUCGUGCACAAGACGAGAACCUUGUCCGUUCCUGGGGAUUUAGCACUGUGUUUACAUGGAGAGAUGAGCCAGACACGUAUUAUCCCCCGCAUUCCCAUAACGGUCUCACCACUCACUUAAUUCGGCAUGGCACGUUAACAAUCGCUUUUCCGAAAGACGGUGGCGCGAAGAAAAUGUACGGGCCAGGUUCUAGGAUCGACGUGGACGCAGGUCAGUUACAUGAAGUAUGGAUAGGAUACGAGGGCUGUGAAUAUGUCAUCGGAGAAUGA